GCAUCAAUUGAGCAUUGCGUAAACACUUACCCAUUGGGCGAUCGUCCGAUUGUAUCGUGCCCGGUCACUUCAUCGCUGCAGCUUCUUCCCAUACCCCGGAGUGACAGACCCUGUGCUGCUGCUGAACUUGAAGAUGGUCAACUGGAAUUGGAAAGCCACUUUCCGAUUGAUCAAACACUCACCCAAAUUAUUCUUGGAACGCCGAUGUAUCCCUCCGGCUAUAGUUUCCGGUUUCAGUGUUUUCUCCAGUGGAAAUAGCGCUGAGUUACAAUGCAAUAUUAUUCGCGGAAAGCAGAGGCUUUUCUCUAUUUCCGAUUACGUAGAAACAGCAAAAAUCUGUAUCGGAAUGCCGGGUGGAGUUCAGCGUCACUGUUAUAGUUCAUCAGCUGGGCUAGUUCAUAGGAACUCUCGGUUUUCAACGUUAAAUGAUGAGGAUAUUAGAUAUUUCCAGGGUGUACUAGGGAACAAAAAUGUCAUCCAGGACGAGGAGAGGCUUAUUGCUGCCAAUACUGAUUGGAUGCACAAAUACAAAGGAUCCAGUAAACUUAUGCUACUGCCACGGAGCACCGAGGAGGUAUCUCAGAUACUACAAUACUGCAACUCUAGAUGCUUGGCUGUUGUUCCACAAGGCGGAAAUACUGGUCUUGUGGGAGGAAGCGUGCCUGUUUUUGAUGAAGUGAUUAUCAAUCUCAGUUUAAUGAAUAAAAUCAUAUCUUUUGAUAAGGUAAGUGGUAUAUUAGUGUGUGAAGCAGGGUGCAUAUUGGAAAAUAUAAUAGCAUUCCUGGAUAAUGAAGGAUUUAUUAUGCCGCUAGACUUAGGUGCCAAAGGCAGCUGUCAGAUUGGUGGAAAUGUCUCAACUAAUGCUGGUGGUUUGCGCCUUGUUCGCUAUGGAUCCCUUCAUGGAAAUGUACUUGGUCUUGAAGCUGUCCUAGCAAAUGGUACUGUAAUUGACAUGCUUAAGACAUUACGCAAAGAUAACACUGGCUAUGACUUGAAACAUCUAUUUAUAGGAAGUGAAGGUUCCCUAGGAAUUGUUACUAAGGUUUCCAUACUUACACCACCAAAAUUAUCUUCGGUCAAUGUGGCUUUUCUUGCUUGUAAAGAUUAUAUCAGCAUCCAGAAAUUGCUACAGGAAGCAAAGAGGAGACUUGGGGAGAUAUUAUCUGCAUUUGAAUUUUUAGAUGGCCAAUCUAUGAAUUUGGUUUUAAAUCAUUUGGAAGGUGCACGGAAUCCAUUACCUGCAUCAAUGCAUAACUUUUAUGUUCUGAUUGAGACUACAGGAAGUGAUGAAUCUUUUGACAAACAAAAGCUUGAAGCAUUUUUACUUCACUCUAUGGAAAAUGAAUUGAUAUCUGAUGGCGUUCUUGCCCAAGACAUAAACCAAGCUUCAUCAUUUUGGCAUUUACGUGAGGGGAUACCAGAGGCACUAAUGAGAGCAGGAGCUGUUUACAAGUAUGACUUAUCGAUACCUGUUGAAAAGUUGUACAAUCUUGCUGAGGAAAUGCGCACCAGACUUGGGAGUGUAGCUAAUGUAGUAGCAUAUGGUCACCUGGGAGAUGGUAAUCUGCACUUAAAUAUCUCAGCUCCCCAGUAUGAUGAUAUGAUUUUAUCACAAGUCGAACCUUAUGUGUAUGAGUGGACAUCGAAGCACAAGGGCAGUAUAAGUGCAGAGCAUGGCCUUGGAUUAAUGAAAGCUAAUAAGAUUUUCUACAGUCAGUCACCUGAAACUGUGCAAUUAAUGGCUUCAAUCAAGAAUCUGCUAGACCCCAACAAAAUACUCAACCCAUAUAAAGUGCUACCACCCUCUAUCAGUUCAUAGCCUAAGCCUAGCCUGAGAAACUCAUCCUGCUUCUUGAAUGUGCGCUAAAUGUUUGCUUGGCGGACCCAUUUGCACACAAGAAUCGUCUCCCUUGCUCGUCAUGUGCCCCAGAAGUGGAUUUGGGUCAACCUGAACUGUUGCGUUUGUGCUAAACUCCAAUUAUUAUUCAUGAUCUCCUUUAGCUAGGCCUUCUCCCUGUAUUUCCUGUUUAUCUGUGUGAAUGUAAGUUGACUUUCUCAGUCUUUCUGAAUGAUGAUGAUGAGAACCCCGCCCCACCCUUGAAAAGAAAAAAGAAAAAAAGAAGCAAAAAACAAAAAAGCUGCAUCCUCCGUGACUGAAGUGGGCUUUAAAUAAAUUGACUGUCCUUUUCAGUGCCAUUAUCAUCAAAGUACGAGCUGGUUGAGGUGUGCCACUUGCACAGUGGACGGUGGUUAUGCCCUCUUUUACCUUCCCCUUCCUCGUAGCACCGUUACAUACAUGUAUACAUACAUAUAUAAUAUAUUCUGGGCAGAUUAUCUUGA